CUGGAGCUUCGAAGGCAGAACUACGACGAAAGUUUGAACAACGGAAGUGGCAACAAAAUGAGCGUUUUGCAAUGUACUUCGAGGAGAAGAUCGUUUUAGCACAAUCAAUUAAAUUGGACAACGAUGAGCUUUUGGAACAAAUCAUCGAAGGUAUAACGUCGCAGAACUUACGCAACCAGGCGCGCAUUCAAAGAUUUGGGGAUACAGAGCAGAUGUUACAAGCCUUUGCACACAUACGCCUUCCGAAGUACGGUGCAAUGGGAGGUACUAAGACGACGGCGGAGAGCAACAAUAAGCGAUGCCACAACUGCAACUCCAAAUGUCAUUUUGCCAAGGAAUGCCGCAAGCCAAAAAGGGAACCUGGAUCAUGUUAUGCUUGCGGAGAGAUGGGCCAUGUCAUAGCAGAAUGCAAGAAGAAGAGUGUUGGUGUACUCAACAAAAGCACCGGGUUCGACAACAGUUAUAAUGCCUCAUAGACUCAGGAAGCCCUAUUUCAUUUCUGAAGAAAUCAUCAUUUCCAUUAAAUAUACCACUAGAUAAACCAGUCAAUAGUCUCUAUGUUGGAAUUAACAAAAGUGAAUUGAAUACGUUUGAAAAGUAAC